UAAAGAUGGGACACACGAGCACGGAGGCAGUCCUCUUCAUGAGCACCAUAAAGGAAGCAGACACUUGAAACUGUCGAGAGAGGAACACUUUGUGUUGCAUAACAUUGUGGUAUUAAAAUUCUGACAUCAGUCCGCUGAUGGUGAAGAGGAGGAUGACCAAGAGAAGAUGACAGCUGCUGCGUUCACACCAGAACUUACUCUGGGGCUCAACAUCACCCAAAACCCUUGCAACAGAAGCCAGAACUGCGGGGAAAGCGAAGACUUCAAAUAUUUGGCGUACACCAUUACAUACAGCAUCGUAUUCCCGAUUGGAUUCAUCAGCAACUCUGUGGCUCUGUAUGUCUUCCUGUGUCUCACCCAGAAGAAGACGGCCAACACUGUGUUUAUGAUUAACUUGGCCAUUUCAGAUGUCGGCUUCUCAUUGACGCUGCCCUUCCGCCUGGUCUACUACUUUAAGGGCGCUUUAUGGGAAUUCCCAGACUGGUUUUGCCGCUGGUGUGUGUUUUCCUUUUACCUCAACCUUUACACGAGCGUUUUGUUUCUUACAGGGCUCAGUGUGCUACGCUACCUAGCCGUGGUUCACCCUAUGCGCAAUAAGUCGCUGAUCACUACACGGCGAGCUGUCAUAGGAUGUUUAGUGAUCUGGAUUUUUGUGGCGCUCUUGUCUACGCCGUUCCUCAUGUCAGGUACUUUAAAACGGGAUAACAAGACACGCUGCUUUGAACCUAGAAACAGCAACUCAUGGAAUCGCUUAUUUAUUUUGAACUAUGUGGGGGUUUUGUUUGGAUUCAUCCUUCCGUUUAUUACGAUAUUAGGCUGCUAUGGAAGCAUCAUCUUCAAACUCAUCAAUGGACCACAAAGUAAAAUAGGAAAUCGAAAGAGAAAGACAAAAACUCGGCGAAGGGCCGUGUAUUUGAUUGCAGUUGUGCUGAGCACAUUCCUGCUGUGUUUCCUACCAUACCACGUCAUCCGCACCGUCCAUCUUCACGCCAAAGUCGUAUGCAAGCCCUGCCAGGUCAUCAAGUAUCACCUACAAAUCCUGGUCAUCUCACUGUGCAUGGCGGCGUCCAACAGUUGCUUCAAUCCUCUACUCUACUACUUUGCAGGGGAAACUUUCCGGACAUCCUUCCGUAGAGCGUCUUUACGAGGGACGGUCAGUUCGUUCGCUCAGAGUAGUUUUUACCAAUCUUUUCGACGACGGAGCCAAUCGGGCACCUUGCAGAGGACGAGGCACCAAAGCUUUACCUUCGCACGCAGAUCCUCUUUUUGUCACGCUAUAAAGGAAAAGACGCCUCACGAUUGCAUGUCUGAACAGAAAUUCACACUGACUCAAGAAAAGCAUUGAAGACGGCAGUGAUUGGGAGUAGUGAAAGACUAAUGCGGUGGAACAAAUCAGAGCGUACGGAUGCUUUUGUUGACUUGAAUAAAAGCAACUCUACUCCAUUUAAAACACUGAAAUACGAAAGGACAAAAUGGGUGCUGCUUCGAUUAUUUAUGUAUUCAGCAAAGACUUUUGCUCAAAGCAAGACUUGUUGAAAUGGGGUAUAUGCACAGCUAGUAGCUGUGUCCAAAAUUGCAUACUUCCAUACUAUAAAUUACGCUAAAAACAGUUUACGAGUUGAGUAGUAUGUCUGAAUUCAUAGAAUCGAAUAACAGUAUGCGAGAAGUACCCGGUUGACCUACUACUUCCGGUGAGAUUCUGAAGUGCGCAUCAGAUGGAUGCUACGCUAUCCAAUGAUGCACCGCAGGAGAAUUCAUGAAUGGGAGUAAAGCGACGCAGAUGACGCUGGUAGGUCACCUGAUAAUAACAAAAUGGCUGAUGUAGUAUGUCCGAGUUACAUUCAUACUACUGACAUUCAUACUGUUUAGAACAGGAGUGUCCAAACUCGGUCCUGGAGGGCCGGUGUCCUACAUAUUUUAGUUCCCAAUUAAACACACCUGAACCAGCUAAUCAAGCUCUUUCUAUGUAUACACAAAACUACCAGGCUGGUGUGUUGAAGGAAGUUGGAACUAAACUAUGCAGGACACGGCCCUCCAGGACCGAGUUUGGGCACCCCUGGUAUAGAACAUACUUUUCUAAUGGCCGAGUAGUAUGUUUGCAUUUAAAUGCAGUACCUACUGAGUAGUAGGCGAUUUCGGAUGUAGCCAGUGUUUUUCACCCACCAAUAAACUUCCGAUAAAAGAUUAGCAUAGACUAACCAUGUUCCGUUAACAUUUUGCUAUUCAGCAAACUCAAACGACCACCACUCCAUCAUUGAAAGCCAGAUAAGCAUGUUUGUGUGAUCAUUCUCUGGGUGAAUACCCAGUGUACUUUCUAAAUUUUGAUUGAUGUCUUUUGGACCAGUAGUUUUUGAGAAAAGAUGGGAAAAGUAUUGCCUACGCAUGUUUAUGGAAGACGAUAGGUAUUAACAGUUUUCCGUACAUGACGGGGCGCAUAUAACUUCACAAAGCAAACUUAAUGAAUUUUCUCUGAAACAUAUGGUAGAAGGGUCUCUGUUGUGCUCGGGGGUGAAAGAGUGAGAAUUAAAGAUAACACAGAUAUAUAGCUUGUCUAUGUAAGUAUUUAUUCAGAGAUUAGAGUCUGUAUGGAACAUCAUUGUGUACGAAACAUGGUUUGUCUACGUUAAUAUGACUAUUUUCAAUUUCACAUAGUUCAUUUUACAGCAUCGAUGUUGUAAUGUCAUCAAAAAAUAAUCAAUUAAACAGACUUAUUGCAUUCAUUUAGUUGUUCAAGUGCAAAACGAGAUGAAAAGCUGUUUAAAUGCAAGCACCAUAAUGAGCAGCAGGCGAUCGCUAACACUCCAUUGAAAAUACUGUGGUAAAAUAAAUUGUCAUAAUUUAAAGUCAUGGUGCAAAACAAUGGAAUUGAAUGCAGUGCUUCUUGUACAUUCUAAGACCCACUAUAUAUUGUAUAUCAAUCAGUCAGUGAAGAUUAUUGAUGUUUAAAAAAAAACAGAUCUUAAAUAUGGUGAUUGUGUAAUGGCAUGACAGUUCACCGAAAGAGCCUGAGCUGGUUUACUGAAAAUUAAAAAUCUUGUGGAUAUACACCAUUGCAGAUUUAUGCCCUAUUUGGGAUUAUUUAAACCCAUGAUAUUCGCAUAGCAAGUACCACAUGCUGUAUUUUAAGCUACAGACAUGCUGGGGUUAAAUUCAUCCAGGUACAAUCAGUUUAUUCUCAUUAAAGAACCGUUCUGAAGUGCAUUCCCAAAUGAAAGUGUCAAUAGACUGAUUUCACGCAACCGCCAUUUUUAAAAGUGAAAUCGAGGCUGCAGUGGGAAGAAACCCGGAAGUAUCAUUGGAAGUUACAUUGGAACGUUGUGUACUUGGCUGUAUAUCUUAUCAGCGAAGAAAAAGUGACACAAAUUUAUCAUUUCACCACCUUCCGAGUGACCCGAAGGUCCGUUCUGAAUAAAUGGUGAAAAUAAAAAGGCAUAUCAGAGCUCAUUUUCAGCUAAGUUAAGAGAAAUGGCACUAGUUAGCUAACAUUUUCUUUCCCAAACACACAUUUUAGACACCUUUAUCAAACUCGAGGACUGCAGUGUUUUAUCGCUCACCAGGUUACAUAGGCUGAAGCAGGAAAGCAUUCCCACGGUGUUUAACUGAUGCUAUGAACUGAAGCCUAUAGGAGGACACUUGAGCAUAUUACUCUUACAGAGAUUGUGAUGUUGUUUGAUGCUAAAUUGCUUUUUAAUUGUUUAAAUUAAACUUACUGAAUGAUAUUAAAGUGAUGUUUACACCAUUUCUGCAUUUUGAAAUCUCGGUAACAGCUGGAGGUUUAUAGUCCACAGCAUGUUACUGCAAUGUUUACAGUGCUGGCCCUAUACUUCCGGGUUUCUUCCCACCGCAGCCUCGCUUUAGAUCUUUAAAAUGGCGGCCGCGUGAAAUAAGCGUAUGGGACUAUAUGCGGAAUUCAGAAAGGCACGUUUUUAGUGACACUAGUGGCCAUUCAGUGAACUGCAGCCAGCAAAUCACUGCUUGUCACAGAUGCAGGAGAAUGAAUGUCAUUUAAUGCCCUGAUAUACGCACCAUUAACUUCUUUAUCACGCUUUAAUUACAAAAACAAAUAACUAGUACCCGUUUGGAGCAAUGCAGAUGUCAUCCACACUGCUGAAAGGCAACAUUUAGAUGAAUAUGUAAAUUUGUGUUGCGCACUUUCCUCUCAGUAACAAAAUAAACAUGCCACAAACAUGAGAAAACAGUAGUUAAGAAAGCAACCGAUCAUUAAAACGUGGCUCUUUAAUUACCAGCAUCACGUUAACAGAUUACAAUUUUUAAACAAUUGAUUAAAUUGAUAUAACUGAGACAGAUUGAUAUGGCUUCAUAAUUAUUUUACAUCAAAAAAUAUUUGUACAUGGAUCAGAGGAUGGAAGAGAGGCUCUUGAGUGCGUCUUUUUGAAGUUCACAAAAAAAAAAAAUCCCAAAUGUGAAUUGAGUGCGUUUCCAUCAAGUUUUUAGAGUGGCUGACUGUAGUAUUGGUAACCUAGCAACCAACAGAAAACAUAGCAAGCAUAUUGUAGACAGCUGAUACAUGCUGAGAUAGCUGUCAUGCGGUUAUAACUUUCGCUGUUAUGCCAUGGUCACACUAGAGUUUAAGCAUGCGAAAUUCUAUCGUACGGUGAAAAGGGGCGGGGUUAAACAAGAUGAUUUGACAUUGAAAAAAGCAAGAGAUUGGUCCAUAUUUUACAUUUUUGUUCAGAGAGAUGUUUUGAUCUUUGAUUGGUCUCGUGCAGCCAUGUGAUGCGAUUUCACAGAUCAUACUUCAAGCUUGAUCUUUCCAAUGCAACGAACUGCGAAACUGGUUGUCUGGUCUGUUGCAUUCGCGUGCUUAUAAAUGGAAGUCUAUGUGGCGAAAAGUGUAGUGUGACCGCGACUUUAGAGUUUAUUUGGCAAAUACAUUUCCAUCUCCCAUUAUCAGAAUUAACACCUUUUUCGACUAAAACCACCUCAAGCGAAUGUAAAAACAUUUUUUGUGUGUGAAUUAAGGGAUGUUCAUUUAAAAUUUGCCAUUUCUAUCACUCGUUUCUCAUGCAAUAUACUUAAAAAUGUGCUUUAGAGUAAAGAAUAACUCAGAUAUAGAUUAGGCAGAAACCUAGGAAGUCAUAUCAGUGAUGUCAUCCGUUUAUCCGGGGCCGGGUCGCAGGGGCAGCAGUCUUAGGAGAGAACUCCAGACUUCCCUCUCCCCAGACUCCUCCCAGGUAACAGAGCUCCUUACCCCAGGUGGAGGAGUUCAAGUAUCUUGGAGUUUUGUUCACGAGUGAGGGAAGGAUGGAGCGUGAGAUUGACAGCCGGAUCGGUGCAGCGGCAGCAGUAAUGUGGUCCAUGUACCGGUCCGUUGUGGCAAAGAAGGAGCUGAGUUGAAAGGCAAAGCUCUCGAUUUACCGGUCAAUCUAUGUUCCUACUCUCACCUAUGGUCAUGAGCUUUGGGUCAUGAUUGAAAGGACAAAAUCUCGGAUACAAGUGACCGAAAUGAGUUAAAAAAAAAAAAAACCUAGGAAGUCUUGUAUUUAAAAUUUUGUUAUAAGCUGUUAUUUCAUUAUGAGCUGUUUCAAUUGGACAAAAAUGUAUUUAUUUGAUGAAAAUUCUUCCACACAGUCGUUUUCAAUAAUCUAAAGAAACAUUUUUACUGUAAAAGAAAGACAUUUGUUCAAUGGAAAUGAAGUUAAAUGUUCGUCUACAACCAAAACUGCCUUUGAAAUCAAUUAAACAAGAAUACAAUAGUCGCUAUCCAUGCCAGAUAAAAAGAAAAAAAACAAGAAAAAAAAGACAUAACUUACACAUAGAACUUUAAAACUGUGAA